AGUUAGGGGGGGGAUUGGAAUCUCCAGUUGUGUUUCCCUUCACUGCUAUGGCAAGAGCUGUUCGGGAGGAGACCGGAGCGGUGCACUGGUGCUCAGCUGGUUCCUAUUAGCGUUCCUGUUCACUUUCCUCCACGCACUGGAGCGGUGCCCGGCUCACACCACCUCGUUGCACGGUGUCAGUGCACAGCUGCUUGCAGGGGCUGUACCAGGCUGCGCUGGUGACACAGGAAAAUCUCCUGGUGCUUGGGGCAGGGUGUGGAAGAUGGGAAGAAGGCUCUGGGUGCUCGGCCUCCCCUGCCUGCCCUCUUCUUACUGGGGUCUUCAAGCCCCUGAGCUCUGGGUUGUGCCAGCUUUCACCGGGCUCCCACUCCUCAUCCUUUAAGCUCUGUCCCUGGGUAGAAGCAUCUCCAUACGGAGAAGGCACGGGCGGUAUCGGUGAGUCAGCCAGCCACGCUGUCAGGGAAGCACUCACUCCUCCAUCCCUCAUCUGGCAAUAAGAAGAGCAGCAGCAAUAUGGAGCCAAACCCCUGCUAGGACCCCGGUGGGGCUGGAUUUUUUUUUAGCCCCACUUUGGCAACAAGGUGCCCUGCUGCAGUCUGGCCCGGGGCUGUUGGCCACCUCUCGGGAUGGGGAGCAGUGCUGGGGGUGCCUGUACGCGGAGGCGGCCAAUGUGCAAUGCUUUGGGAAUGCCGAGGGGUCUUCCAGGGUGUCCGAUGGAGCUGCUUUGCUUCGGCACCUUUGCACAGGGCUUGGGUCUCACAUUUCAUUGCUGCAGGGCUCCUGGUGUGGAGUCAACGCUCGCUUUUCCCCACUCCCUGCUGUCAUACAGCUGCAGUAGGGAAGGAUCUAGGCUGGUAGCAGCGCUACAGCCCUGCUGAUAGCUGGCUGUGCUUUAGAUCCACAAGGAAUAGCACCGGGCAUCUCCCAAGCAGCCAUGCUCACUCCUCGGGAGCUGGAGGAGCUGCUGCCGCCUCCAAACCAGUGUGCAUGUCUGCAGGUUGCUGACGAACCACGUGUGAGCCUCCAAAGUUAGCAGCCUGGAAUUCAGGGGGGAUAAGGCUCAGUAAUCCCGUUAAACCCACUGAAAAGGGCUGAUCGGGCUUGUUGGGCAGGAAAACAAAGCAGCGCAAGGACUUCGCAGGUGAGGCAGUCUGAGCAUCUCGAUGUGGAGCUGGUCACCUGCGGCUGAUGUGUGCAUGGCUGAUGGAGCGCACUGGCCCCAGGGUGCACUGUCUUCUACAUGGAUGGGCCACGUCACCUUCAGCUUGCUGAAUUUCUGGCCUCUGGGGCCUGGCAGGACAAGGAGAGGAGAGAGCCAAACGUGGCACAGUGGUGGAAACACAGAUUAUCUGCCCUGGGAAAAGCAGCUCAGCUCCUUGAGAAGGUUCAGUCCGCCCCAGCUGCAGCUGAGGGGCAGCAGCCCACCAGCGACGUGAUGGCUGGCUCGCCGCUUGCCGUGCUCACCCCAAAUCCAACACCAGCCAGCUGUGUAACGAGGGCUGUUAGCACCGUCUAACUUUGGGUGUCUCAUUCCAGUGCUUUGAGUUUCCCUCGGGAGGCUGCAUGGGGAGCCCUAUAUAUAGGCACCCUAUAUAGGAGUGUGAGUUGCUGAGUGGGAUGUCUAAAAUUAUCUGUCCCACCCCCAAGCACCGCUGCUGCCAUAGCACGUGCCCUCGCCUCCCUCCUGCUCCACCAGCAUCACACUUGCUCCAGCUCCCUGAACCCAAAGGGGAUGAAGAAAACACUUUCGGGGGAGCAGCGGCACCCCGGCAUGCUCGGCCUCGGCACCAGGCAGGUACCACAUGGGGCUGAGCAUCCUGCCGGUGCAGGGGGGGCGAUGGGGCAGUGGUUUCCCCUGGGGCAAUGGCUGGAGGCAACUGAAAUUGCUGCGGGAUGGGAAGAGGAGCCUGACGCAGGCGGCAGCGGUGGCAGCAGCCCCUGCAUGUGCGUGGGCAGGCGGCCAAGCCGGGGUGACGGGAGAACAAAACUCUCUUUCCAUCUGUGAGGAGCCGUCAGAGCAAUGACAUGAGACGUCCCCAGCAGAGACAUCCCUGCCUAUCAGCGACCCAGCCCUGUGGGGAGGGUCAGAAGGAGGAGAUGGGGUGGUGGUGUUUGCUCCACGUUGUUUGCUGCUCUUCACCGAUGGCAUCACCAACAAGCUGGUGGCCUGCUACACGGACGAGGGCAUGGCAGACGCGGUGCUGGUCCGUGUCUACGGCAGGAAGACGGAGCUGUUCGUGGACCGGGAGACAGAGCUGAGGAACUUCCAGGUGCUGCGUGCCCAUGGCUGCGCCCCCGACCUCUACUGCGCCUUCCAGAAUGGGCUCUGCUACCAGUUCCUGCCGGGCAUCGCGCUGGGACCCGACCACGUGCGGGACCCUCACAUCUUCAGGCUGGUGGCCCAGGAGAUGGCCCGGGUACAUGCCAUCCAUGCCAACGGGAGCCUCCCCAAGCCCAUCCUCUGGCAGAAGCUGCACAAAUACCUCACCCUCGUGAAGACGGAUCUCAGCCCAAAGGUAUCCAACCCCAGCCUCCAGCAGGACGUGCCCAGCCUGGAGAUGCUUGAACAUGAGCUGGCCUGGAUGAAGGAAAUUCUCUCCCAGCUGGGGUCCCCCGUCGUGCUUUGCCACAACGACCUGCUCUGCAAGAACAUCAUCUACGACGGGACACAAGAGCACGUUCGCUUCAUAGACUACGAGUACACUGGCUACAACUACCAGGCUUUCGACAUUGGAAACCACUUUAAUGAGUUUGCAGGCGUGAAGGAGGUGGAUUACCGCCUCUACCCCAGCAAGGAGACCCAGCUGCAGUGGCUGCGCUCCUACCUGCAGGCCUACAAGCAGCUCACCCAGGGGGACCGAGGAGGCACGGGGGUGUCUGAGGAAGAGCUGGAGGCUCUCUACGUGCAAGUGAACAAGUUUUCUUUGGCAUCCCAUUUCCUCUGGGGAUGCUGGGGCCUGAUCCAGGAUAAAUACUCUACCAUAGACUUUAACUUCUUAAGAUAUGCAAAGCUAAGGUUUAAAGAGUACUUCAAGAUGAAGCCGGUGGUCACAGCCCUGCAGAUCUCUAAAUAGCAUCUCCAGCCUGUGAGACCCUGAGCUAUUUUGUCCUUGCUGCGUCCACAGCCCUCGCAUCCCCCUUGCCCCUUCCCCACCCCAGCCGGGGGCGAGGGCAGGUCCUGAUGGUGGGAAGGGGAAGGAGAGGAGCUCUGACCCAGCCACCGAUUAAAGGAGACCCUGGACAUACCUGAGACUGGACCAUGAGAUGCUAGAGAGGACCACGGCCUCGGAGAGGCCCCUACCUACGCAAGGAAGCCUUACCAUCGCCUUAACACCGAGCCCCGGCUUGGCCCCAGUGCCCGGCGGGUCCGUGCUUUGCUGGCACUGCUGCUGCUUGGCUCGGCACCCAGUUUGCUCCCUCUGUGCUGUCCCCAGGGGUGGAAACGGGUUCCCCCCCCAAUCUGCUCAGGAGCCCCCAGAGCUGCCCAGUUGUUUUUGCUGCCCCAAUGCACACGCUGUGCCCAUUGCUGCUCCUGCUGUCCCCUCUUGCCCUGCCUGCUCCAUCCCACUUGGGCUGCCACCCCCAACCCAGCACCUUCCUUGGGUCAGUAUUGAUCCUGGGCUUGGGGCUGUCUCUGAGCUUGGGGCCCUUUUCCAUGAGCAGUAGGUGUUGCGGCACUCCGGCUCGGAUGGUGCAAAGCAGCACGGGGCAGCAACAGCCAUGAGCCACGUGGGCUUGUGACCAGCAGGCGCUGGGUGCCUGCACCCCCUGCGAUGGGUUCAGCCCACAGCUGACUCCGCUUUUACCCCCUGACCAUGGUCUCCCAAACCUCACAGCAUCCUGUGCUGCUCUGCCUUCCCCACCUCCGCCGGGGCCAGGGCGGGUUGGUCCUGCCCCUCAUGGACACCAUCCCUGUGCUCCUCUCUUUGCGGUGUCCCUCUGUGGGACCCCCCAGACGGAGGCUGAACCAAGCUGACCUGCUCCAUGAGCAGCGUCAUCCCCUGUCGGCACUCAGCUGCUCCCCCAUCACAGGUCCCUGAGGGCAAUCCUGGCCUGCUGAGCACUGCCCAGCUCGUGACAGUUGUUGUGCAUCAGACGAGGGGUGGAAUCAGACCUCUCUGCCCCUGCCUGGGCUGCUGGGUGAGUGGUGCGGGGACAAGGUGGCCGUCCCCUCCAUAUGGGCACAGGAACCUUCCCCAGCAAGAACUGGAACUGUUGUUGCAUCUGGUGUUUCUUUUGGUGCAAAAUAAAAGCUGCUGCUAGCUGGAA